AAGCGAUUACUGCAGUACAUAGCAAACUAAAAUGUCUUGACUCUUACCAAAUUCUCAAGUUUCUAAAAUAAAGCUAAUACCGUGAUCUAUUUUCGGUAUUCCGAACAACUAUUUUUGUUGACAGACAGGUAUCUAUCAUUUCCGGUGUAGUCUCAAACCGAGGCUAUUCUGCUGUGACAAUCGUUUCGCCAUAUUUAUUUUAUUUACUGGUAUAUUUUGUGUCAUAGGGAGGCUGUCUUAUCUUUUUUUCAGAAUUCUAGCUUUUUUCGUAUCUUGGGAGUGAACUUAUAACAUCGAAAAUGGCAGAAUCUACCAAGGAUGCCGACUCCAAAGGGCACGAAAGAGAAGCAGAAACAUUGCGRAGGCAUACCUUUCUGAAGCAGGAAUUCCAAAACAACUCUAAUGACACGAAGGAUAAGAAACAYGAUGUUUUCACAACUUUACAAGAGACUUUGGAACUACUUCGUGAUGAAGCAGGCUCUGUUUCCAGAGAUUCACAGAAAAGAGAUGAUGUCUGGUGUCAUCCAUUUGAAAUMCCUGAGCACCCUAUCGAGCAAUUAGAAAUUAAACGAUCACAAAUCGACCUGGAAAGACAACAUUCCAAAAUCAUGCGUGCAGUCUCCCUUAACGAUCUGGAUGACAAAAUGUUCAGUUCCAAGGAAGGAAGUAGGGAUAUAAUGACACCAUACCAGCGUUUAACCAUUUCUGGUGGUAACACAAGUGGGGUUCCUUGGGAUGAACUCAAACAGGCCUCAAAACUUCUUGCAGAAGCACUAUUUAUAAGAUUCAAAUACAUGGUUUUGAGCAUGCAGAGUUACUGUCCUGUCUUAGCAGACUCCUUGGCAGCUAUUCAUGAAGACUAYAGUGUAGAUAAAUUCCUGGCAGCUAGAAAUCUGGACAAACCAAGCCCACCUCCCCAUAGAGAUUUAGAACAUUUUGACUACUCUAAAMAUUGUCCCUUUGAUUGUGAAGUACCUGGYGACUGUGGAUAUGAAGUGAAAAUGGUUGAAGGAGUUAUACAAGUCAUUUCAUGUAAAGGAGAUGGGAAUUCCAAAGUUUGUAAAAUAGUUCAUCCAUUUCCUGAUUUGCAAGAAUUUUUUGAUGACCAAAAUGUUCUACUUGCUUUAUCUACACAUGGCCCUAUAAAAUCUUUUGCAUAUCGUCGUCUUAAGUAUCUUGAGUCAAAGUACAGUCUUCAUACACUUCUGAAUGAAAUGAAAGAACUUGCAGCCAUGAAGGAAGUGCCACAUCGUGACUUCUAUAAUGUCAGAAAGGUAGACACUCACGUACAUGCAGCAUCUUGCAUGAACCAGAAGCAUUUGCUGAGAUUUAUCAAGAAAAAAAUGAAAACAGAAGCAGACACACCAGUUAUUAAGAUUGAUGGCAAAGAGGCUACAUUAAGAGAGGUCUUUGCUAUGAUGAAUUUAACACCUUAUGAUUUGAGUGUGGAUACCCUUGAUGUCCAUGCAACAAUACCAGACCUGAGUGAUGAAAUUCAGGAAGACCAAAAGUCAAAGGACCAUGGUCGCAGUAAAAGGGCCCAGUACCGUAGUGAAAGCAAACUUAGGGAGAUUUUUCUCAAGACAUCAAAUCAUAUUGAUGGCCGAUACUUUGCACAGCUUAUGAAAGAAGUUUUCAGUGAUCUGGAGGAAAGCAAAUACCAGAAUGCWGAACCACGUAUAUCCAUCUAUGGUCGYUCCAGGGAUGAGUGGGAAUCAUUGGCCAAGUGGGCUACUGGACAUAGUGUCUUYUCAGAAAAUGUUCGUUGGCUWAUUCAAGUUCCAAGACUUUAUGAUGUUUAUAGGAACAAGAAGAUGGUCAAGAACUUUGAAGAAGUUCUAGAAAACCUUUUCAUGCCACUGUUUGAGGCCACAAUCAAUCCACAAAGUCAUCCUGAACUUCACAAAUUCCUUACACAGGUGAUUGGAUUUGACAGUGUAGAUGAUGAAAGUAAGGCUGAAAGCCAUCUCUUCCAACAAAGUAGUCCCCUGCCUGCACAGUGGACAUCAGAUGAGAAUCCACCAUACUCUUAUUACUUAUAUUACAUGUAUUCUAACAUGGUGGUACUCAACCAUUUGAGAAGGGAACGUGGAUUUAACACCUUCAAACUUCGUCCUCAUUGUGGAGAAGCUGGUCCYGCACAUCACUUAGUGACAGCAUUUAUGCUKGCAGAGAACAUCUCUCAUGGAUUGCUUUUACGAAAGGUUCCAGCUCUCCAGUAUCUGUAUUACUUAGCUCAGAUUGGCAUUGCCAUGUCUCCACUCAGCAACAACUCRCUGUUCCUCAACUAUCAGAGAAAUCCUCUGCCAGAAUUCCAUGCAAGGGGGCUUCAAGUGUCAUUAUCAACUGAUGAUCCAUUAAUGUUUCAUUUUACUAAGGAACCAUUAAUGGAAGAGUACAGCAUUGCUGCUCAAGUGUGGAAGUUAAGUCCUUGCGACAUGGCAGAGCUUGCRCGAAAUAGUGUAGCAAUGAGUGGYUUUCAAGAUGAGAUCAAAGAGCACUGGAUUGGAAAUUGCAACAAAGGAGAAAAUGACAUUGCUAAGACUAAUGUUCCAGAUAUCAGAGUGGCAUUCCGUAAAGAGACUUUAAUGGAUGAACUCAACACUAUCUAUGAAGCGGCUAGGGACUAGACUAUACACAUCAUAAUCAUGCAAAAAUUGAUGUGAAGAGCAUUGAUGAGACUAAAUUWUAUUAAUAGAUAAUUGAUAUCCUUACAGUCAUCAAAUUUUGAUAGAUUACCAUGAAGCAAUUAUUUCAUUUUCAUUUUCAUAGCCUAGACUUUAUGCAUUCACUACAAACAUUUUACAAAGGUCAUAUCUAUAAAUUUUACAAAAUGAAAACUAAAUGUUAUAUAAUAGUAUAUGAGUUUUAUGGUCAAUCAAGUUAUGAAAAUCACUACUUACAACAAUUGCAUUAUUAUUCUAAAUUUUACAAUUAUUUAUACAUUCUUUUCAAUUUUAAUAUUUUUUUUCAAUACAAAUAUUUACCAAGAAAAUGGGGAAGACUAAAAGUGAUUCAGUACUGUUACUGUCAGUGGCUAUUCAAGGAAAAUUACUUYAAUUUCCUUCUGUUUCAGUUAUUAAUUAUAUUUACAUGUAGAACAAAAUGGUAUUUUUGUACACUUUUUCAAUUUAUGUAUUGUUAUAUUGCAUAAUUCAAAUAAUCUUAAAGUUGAUACUGACAGUGAGCCUUCUCCGUGGGUGUCUCUUUUUUGCUUUCCUUUGGGAUACCUCUUUUCUGAUAAGACUGUAGAAAGUGUCAUAGAGAGUUCAGGAAAAAAAGAAAUAGGAAAUACACCUUCAUUUUGCCAAGAUGGUACCAGAGGGAUCCCAAAAGACAAAAUGAAUGGUUGCCUGCGGAGGAGGUUGACUAAUGGCUUUAUUGCCAUAACAAUCCUAUUUUAUAGAAACUAUCAGUAGUAGUCAUAUCAGACUGCGUUAGGUUCUUGGRCCUGUACGUGGAUAUCAUUUUGCAGGUAUGCAUCUUAUUCUGAACGAAUAUUAAAAUCUAUAUUUGCACAUUGUAAMAAUUUUUGCUUUUCAAAAAUUAAUUACAAUGGUACACAUUCGAAACAUUUUCCUAAAGUAAUAUGAAUUGUUUUUUUUCCAGUAAGGUAUUAUUUGUAUAAUUUGUGAGUAAUAGAUUGAUUAUUAAAUAUAAGCUUAACAUCGAAAAUCUCUCAAAUAAAUUUUGAAUUUUAACCAAAAAA